AUGGACGACCCGAGUCCUAGCCGAGUGAAGCAGCUCGCGUCUCGAUUCGAGCCGCAGCUGUCCAAGGUGCAGCGUAUCGCCUCCAUGUUCGAAUGCGAGCCGCCAUCGCCGUCCACCACAAUCUCCCUAUCACGCCGCGUCGGCGGCAACAGCACCGCCAAAAUUCAAUACAAGCGAGUCCAAUCGGACCGUCCAAGUCCAACCGGCGAUCCCCAGCAGUCCGUCAGACGACAGCCAAUCCCCUCCCCGAGAACAGUCGAAACUGCUGGGGACCCUAGCGGGGAAUUUGUCGGCGGCGGAGAGCAGUUGACGGAGGAGCAGUUGGCGGAGGAGGGGUUGGACGGGAUGAGCAUGGAGGAGAUGGAAGCGCUGUGCGAGAUCAUGGCGCUCGAGGAGUCGCGCGCCCGCGCGGAGCGCAUGGAAGCGCUGGGCUACGAGGUCGCGGGCGGGGAGGGGCGCGAGGAAUACCGCAAGGAGGGGGAUGGUGGGGAGGGCGGAUGGUGGCAGGUGGGGUACAGCGACGUGCGCGCGGGUGGAGAGGGUAGCGGUGGUGGGGAAGCGGAAGGCGGGGGGACAGGAGGUGGGGAAGAGGUUGCAGUGGUUAUUGGGGAUGACGAAGAGGGUGACAAUAAGGAGGGGGGCUCGGUGGGCUCCUUGAUUCGGUCCAUCGAGGGACUACCCAAGCAGAGCAAGCAGCAACCUCAGCCCAUCUCCCCAGAAAAAUCUUCAGGCAAAUCGCGCAAGUCGUCAGGCGGAAAGAAGAGCAGGGAGAAGCGCAGAGGCGAGUCGGGCGGUGCGGACACCGUCGCGGGCGCGAUUGAGCGGUUCAGCGGCAGCGGAAAAGACCCCGGGCGAGUCUCAACGUCCCGAAUGACGGCGUCCACGUCAGAACCGUCGCUCGCUCUCGCUGCUGCUGGCGCGACCGCGGGGAAUCGGCGCUAUGGCAUGGCAAAUGGCGACACUGCUUCACCUCUGGAAGACAGGGCGGUGGGAAUGGCGAGUGGUGGAGCAGCUCGGGGCUCUGCGGGACUGAGUGGGGAGUUCCCCUUAGAGCUAUCGUCCAGUCCGUCUGUGUCUGUUGUCGAUGCUGAGCUGUCAAGGAAGAAGACUGAGGUGGCGCGAUAUGAAACUGAGCUGGCACGGCGCCGUGCUGAGCUGAACCGACUGAGAGUUGAGCUGGCGAGCGUGAGCGUGGAGAAGGUGCAAGCGGAAAUCGCGCUGACUCGGCUAAAACAAGAAGUAGAGGACUGGUCGUAUGUUCCCGUGGAAGGUACAGGGCAGGGAGGAAACGAAGCGGAUGAGGCACGGGAAGCAGACGAAAACGGUGCGUCUGAUGUAAAGAAAGAUGGGGACGGAGGAAGCAGCGAGGAGACUUCCUCUUCAUCUCAGUUGAAGGCGCAACUGGGGAAGGUGAGGCUAGAGAACGAACGACUGAAGCGGCGAGAGAAGAGCCUCACUGCUGACGUGGAAUACAUCGAAACCAUGCUGGCUCAGGAGAAAGGCGAGUCAGCAGCGCUGCGGCGUGAGCUGGCGGAGGUCAAGCAGCAGCGGAAAGAUCUCGACAAGGAGCUCUCAGCUGCCCAGAAAGAAUUAUCCUCCCUCAGGCGAUCAGCAGCAGUGGCGGAACGGCGGGCAGCAGCAGAGGAAGCAGACGCGGCGCUGCUGCGGCAGCAGCUGCAGAAGGCACAGGCGGCGGAGAUGGGGCUACUAGAGCAGCUGCAGCUGGCGACGAAGGAGGCCAUGGGGCUGCGCAAGACGCUGGUGUGGAGCCGGGAGACGCGUGAGGACGCGGAGGAGUGGGAGCGCGGGCUGCAGGGCACGCUGGCGGAGCAGGUGCAGCGCAAUGGCGAGCUGGAGGUGAAGGGCGGCGAGAUGAUGACGCGGCUGCUGGUGCUGGAGAAGGAACUCGCAGAGGAGCAGCAAAGGCGUAGUGCUGCUGAAUUUCAGGCGCGGGAUGCAGUGGCAGCAAAGGAGUUGCUGGAGGAAGAGGUGAUGCUGUUGAGGCACACCCGAGGGGCAAUGAAAGAUGCGUUGUUACAAGGGGGGGGCGAUUGUGGGGAGAGAAGGGCAAGCAGCAGAGCAGAGGACAUGGUGCCAAGCGUUGGGAGUGUGAAGGUGGCGUCUUCUGAUGGGCUCAAGAUGGAGGUGCCUGCUCGAGUGUGGGACAUUCUCGACCAGGUGGAGGAGACCAAGGCAAGGGGCAUGGCGGAGAGGGACGAGUUGACGCGCCUGCACUGGCUGACGGCCUGUGUGCGUGGCGAGCUGCACAAGGCCAGAUUCGCUGCCAUGCAAGCUGCUUCCUCCACCAACCCCUCUUCCACCACCAAUGCCACCGCUGCUGCCAUGAGCACCGCCUCUGCCGGCUCUUCCCCUGCUCCUCCUCUGGUGCCUGCUGCAGGCCUCGCCAAGCCACUGGGCAAGGCUGUCUCGAAGAAGCUAUCGCUCGUGCUUGACUUGGAUCAGCAUGCUGCUGCCUCUGCCGCUGCAGCACCACCAGACCCCGCAGCUGACAGUGCUGCCUCAGCAGCCUCAGGUGCCUCAAGCACCACGUUUUCCACCACUGCCAGCACGCCCCGCACUCCCCCCCACUCCACCACCGCCGCCAGUGCAUCCGCGUCUGCCUCAGCUGGCAGCAAGUUUGUGCGCUGGUUCUCCCACCGCUCCUCCGACAGACCAGCACAUAGCAGCGCCGCCACCGGUGCUGCUGCAGGGCCGGCUGGCUCAAUGGCUGCGUCAGCUGCAGUGGUAGCAGAAGAAGAGGGAAGUGCCUCUCCUCUGGCACCUGAUUCAGUGCCUUGGGUGGCCACAGACGAGUCUGGGCCCUGCAAUGAAACGCCCUCACUCCUGCCUGCCCAAUCAGCUCCCUCCACUCCUGCUCCUGCUUCUGCUACGGCUGCCCCUGCUACUGCGGCUGCGGCUGCUACCACACCAUCUGGCAGGUGGACGCCCACGUCCUCCAUCCCCAACUACAAGCCGCCCUACGCCAGCGGCUGCUCCGCGGGAUUCUCGUGUGACACUAACGGGCGCAACCCCGCCGGAUACGUGUGGGUGCCCGCGCCGCCUUGCUCCUACGACCAAUGGAGAUUCAAUCCCAAGACGUUUCUCGAGACCAUGCGGAACAAGGUCGUCGCGUUUGUGGGUGACUCGCUAAGCGACAACCUGCACGCGUCCGUCCACUGCAUCCUCUCCGCAUACACAAAAAUUGAGUUCAAGAAGUCGUGGCUAGGUGGCGCGAGGCCGGUGGGGUCGCUGCACGCGGCGCAGUACAACUUCACGCUGCUCUCCAUCAACAGCGGCUACAUCGUGCAGAGCCCCCGAUACACGCAGCCGUACGUGGUGAAUCCCAAGUGGGCGGGCAUCCUGCCCUACACGCACUCUAUCAUUUUCAGCGCUGGCCAUUGGUUCUUCCACCCGGUACGCCCCAUGCUCUCUGGUUCUUCCACCCGGUACGCCCCAUGCUCUCUGGUUCUUCCACCCGGUAUGCCCCAUGCUCUCUGCUUUCCCCAUUCGGUAUGCCCCAUGCUCUCGCUUCCCCCAUUCGCAAUGGCGCGCAAAGAGCGGGCGAGUGCGUCCUCGGCUUUAGCUGACGUGGCGUGGAUGGCGGGCGUGGCGACGUGCGUGAAGCUGCUGCUGGUGCCGGCGUAUCGCAGCACGGACUUCGAGGUGCACCGCAAUUGGCUCGCCAUCACGCACUCGCUGCCGAUCUCGCAGUGGUACGUGGACGCGACGAGCCCAUGGACGUUGGACUACCCGCCGCUCUUCGCCUUCUUCGAGCGCUGCCUCGCGCUGCUCGCGUGCCGCGUCGACCCGCUCAUGACCCACCUCGUUAACGGCCUCGAGCACGCCAGCUACGCCACCGUGCUGUUCCAGCGCGUGUCAGUGAUGGGCACGGACUGCCUGCUGGCCGUGGCAGCGUGGCGCUGCACGCACGGCCUGCCCUCGCGGGCGCACCGCAACGUGGCAGCGGGGGCGGUGAUGCUGUCAGCGGGGCUGCUGCUGGUGGAUCACAUGCACUUCCAGUACAAUGGCAUGCUGCUCGCCCUCAUGCUGCUCUCCCUCUCGCUCCUCGCUGAAGGCCGGCACGUGUGGGCGUCACUCACCUUUGCAUGUCUCUGCUGCUUCAAGCACCUCUUUGCCGUCGCUGGUCCCUUCUUCCUCAUCUUCCUCCUCCGCCACCACUGCUUCCCUCCUCCUCCCGCCGCCGCCGCACCGCACACCACCGCACGCAACAGCUCCAAACCGUCCAGACGCAUUUCCUCUGGCGCAAAACAGCAACCUGCUUCAGCCUCGGCGACAGGCAGCUCCAUCUCCCUCCUCGCCUCGCUCACCCGUAUAGUCACACUGGGCGCAGUGGUCCUCACGGUGCUGCUCGUCUCCUUCGCCCCCUUCAUAGUCACAAAGCAGAUGCCCAACCUGCUCGCCCGUCUGUUCCCCUUCGGUCGUGGCCUCAUGCACGCGUACUGGGCGCCCAACUUCUGGGCUCUCUACACCCUCGCAGACAAGCUCCUCGCUGCUGCAGCUUCGGCAGCAGGCUCGUUCACAGGCUCGGCAGGAGGUCCGGGAGUGGGAGGGAAGGGCGGGUGGACCCGGGGGUUGGUGGGCGAUGCAGUGGGGUUCAGUGUGGUGCCACAGGUGACGCCGCUGGCGUCGCUGCUGCUGGUGCUGACUGCCAUGGCCCCCGUGCUGCUGCAUAUAUGGCUCCGACCCUUCGCCUACAUCUGUAGUGAUGACACUGAUGCUGCUGAUAGGGAUGGUGCAGACAGUAAUGGUGGUGAGGGAGAUGGUGGCAACAAGGGUGGGAGGGAGGGUAGGGGGAGUGAGCUCUAUGGCAUGCCCACAGCGGAGAGGCGGCGGUGGAGCAUACAGGCCAUAGCAGCGGCGCUGGCGCAUGUGUUUCUGAGUGCGUUCCUGCUGGGCUGGCACGUGCAUGAGAAGGCGGUGCUGCACUUCCUGCUGCCGCUCGCCCUCCUCGCCUCCUCCUCCCCCGCAUGGGCCUCUGA